CUGAGCACCAGGCAGAGCAGCUCGACAGCACGAUCGCCGCUGUCGCAGUCACAGUCACAGUCACAGUCAGAUUUGGUCGGCCAAACACAACGUCAGCGUCGACGCGCAGCUCCGACUAGAGCACGAAGUGAACGCGGCCAACGAGAUUGUUGCCCAGGAAACCCACAGCCCACAGCCCACAGGCAAACAGCCAAGCAACCAAACAGCUGGCUAGCAGCUUGCCAACUGCCAGAGACGGAUACCUGACAGUUCUGCUUUCUGCUCAAUAGAGUUAAUUGAUUUCAUUUUCGAGUCCGAAAAAAGCGCGCGUGAUUACUUCGAACAGCAAUUGCAACGAGCUAUUAAGUGUGCUCCUCAGAAACUGAGGAAAAUUUCCUGAGACACGAGCUCUGUAAAUCGCGCCGCCUGUUUCGAAAGCUCCCCGAAUUGAUAGAUCUACGAAAAUAAAAAAUACACAAUUUGUGAACGCCAAGUGCCAAAAAGUGAAUGAACAAGCGAGUCGAUAUUGUGAGCAUUUUGUUGAUAAAGCUGAUGCUAUGAAGUGGGACGAUUGUAAAGAUCACUGAAUGCCUAGGCGAUAAGGAAGCCAAUAAACAAUUUGCGCUGUUUGUGAACAAUGGCAAUUCAUUGCUUAGGCCAGCAGCAGGUGUUGAAGUGAACUCGGAAGUAACUCUGAUCAGUUGACAAAUAGACAACAGCUGCAUCGUUAGUCCGUCCUAGCUCCGAAUCAUCUCCGAAUCGCUUUCAAAUCAUCUCCGAAUCGACUUUUAACUGCCUCGCAAUCAUGCGCACGUUUAAGCGCGGCUUCUUCUGCUCGGACCUGUCCCUUCGGUACCCUUACCACGAGUGCACCAUUACAGUGCCCAUGCUGUUGGUCAUGAUGCUGCUGCUGCCGAUGCUCUUCAUCAGCGUGGUGGAGAUAAUGCGCCGAUGCAGGCAUUUGCGCAUGCGGAAAUACCUGCGCAAUCUGUGGCGCUCGCAGGCGACGUUCAGCUUUGGCUUCAUCGCCACCUUCCUGACCACAGAGCUGGCCAAGCACGUGGUGGGCCGACUGCGUCCGCAUUUCUACCAUGCCUGCCAGCCGCGGCUGAAUGACGGAUCCAGCUGCGCGGAUGCCCACAAUGCGGAUGUGUACGUGCAGCAGUUCUACUGCAGCAAUCGGAAUCUCUCCGCGCAGCAGAUACGCGAGCUCCACGUGAGCUUUCCCAGCGCGCACAGCAGCCUCAGCUUCUACUCCAUGUGCCUGCUGGCCUUCUAUGUGCACAGUGUGUGGCAGGGGCGUGGCAGCGUGCGCGUCAUGCGCCACAUACUCCAGUUCCUGCUGCUCAUGGCCGCCUGGUACGUCUCGCUGAGCCGCGUCGCCGACUACUGGCACCACUGGUCGGACGUGCUGGCGGGCGGCUUUCUGGGCGUUGUCUACGCGACGAUCACGGCUAUUUAUGUGGGCGAUCUGCUGCAUGUGCGGCCCCGCGUUAGUAGUCCCGUUACACUGGGCUACAUGUGCGCGCCGAGCAACUGCAGUGGCUGCCACCAUCGGCACCACCAUCUACACCAUCAGCUGCUGGCCGAGAAUAACAAUUCGACGACUUCGACCAAGGUGCACUUUUUAGCAGCCGCUGCGGUCGCGGCCUCCGCCACAAGAACGUCGCUGGACUAUGGACCCAACGACGUCGAUGAUCGCUCUGAGCCCGAUAUCGACGAUGCAGACAAAGUCGACGACGACUGCGAUGACGACGGCAGCGAUAGCUACAAGCCGCCCACAUCACGUGCCGAAACGCCGCCGCCUAGUGCAGCAGGGCUGCCGUUGAGCUUGCCAAAUGCUGUCUAAGCCGACAGAUCCGGCCGAGACUUAUCGUCAGAUUGGGACCCAUAAGUCGAAGCAAUUUCGACUAUUUUUCCAUUAGAAAUCGAAGCAAACGAAAAUGUGAUAAGCGCGCGGCACACUGUUUACCUGAUAUGCACAUACCACUUUACGUUAAAUGAUUUACGAAAUCCGACGUGAGCCAGCGACGUUGUGCAACGGCAACGGCAACGGCAACGGCAACGGCCAUGGGGCAGUCUGGCAACGCUGCACUCGCACAGUGGGCCUAAACGCGCCGGGGCCAAGCAAAUUUAUUCCCUUCAAAGGAUAAUCACAGAUGUUCAGCAGUUUGCGUGUUGCACACUCGCCUCGGCGACUCCUUAGUAAUCCAGCACGCUUUCUCGGCAUUCCGCAAUCACACUCAAUGUAAAGUAGUCCGCAUCAGAGAUAUAGUGGGUCCGCAGUAACUCCUUCUGCAGUUGGCGGCUGCUUUUCGGCUGCAGCUUGUUUGUUUGUAAACAAUGCCGCAGUCAUGUCGCAGCUGCCGCUUUGAAGUGGGCAGACGGCCAACUGCAGCGUGCGACUGUCCAAUCAGCUGAUACAAUCUUCAGGCAGCAGCGUCGACGCCGACGUCUACAUCUGCCGCCGGCAUCGAAUAGUUUUGAAUGCCUUGCGAUAGCCGCACAGUCGAUAAGGCACUUCAAUAUUGUACAAAGUAAAGUCGUUGCAGUCCAAGCAACUGCGUAAUACUCGUUCAGGGUCUAUGAGCAACAACUUCGCACGCAAGAAACUAAUAUACUCUCUUUAAGCAGAAAGUAACGUCGCCGACUCUGUUGUAGCUGUAGCUUAUGUUUAAGA